CCGGGUUAUUGUAGAUGCACACUUCCUGAAUAUCGGUAACAUAUUGUAUAUUUCUGCCAGUUUCGGUCUAUUUGCCAGUGUUUCAGCAUGUUAAAAUUAUUUAAAUCAUGGACAACGCACAUGGACUACAAAGGUCAGAAGCUGGCUGAACAGUUAUUUCAAGCUAUUAUAAUUCUAUUUGCUGUGGUUGGAUUUAUAUGGGGCUACAUGUGUGAGCAGUUUGUACAAACCAUGUAUGUUUUAGGAGCUGGCUUUGUUCUCUCUUGCAUAUUAACAUUACCACCAUGGCCGAUGUACAGAAGAUCUCCUAUAGAGUGGUUGAAACCACGACCAGAAGAAAAUAGCGAAGAUAUCAGUAAAGACAAAGAUAAGAAGCAAAUAAAAAAGAAGAGCAAAUCCAAAUAACUUUUAUUAAAAUAUUUAUAAAUGUAUUUCACAAGGAAUUAAAGUUUAAGUACCACACAGAA